AUUAACGGUUCUUCUCCAUCUUUCCUCGUGCACUAUGCGCGUGGCUUCCUCUAAAACGCCUCGCGCUGUUUUAGUGAAUUUAUAAAACGGGUUUUAAGGGAUUUUUAUUUUAAAAUCUACAUUAAACUUCAUGCAAACGGAUAAUUCUGUUACCCGAGGUGUCAAAUAUAUAUACAGAUAUACAUCUUUGAGUUCAGGCACAAAACGGAGGAAUGAUUUACGCCCUUCUACGAGCGAGCCUACAGCGACGAGCGAUAAAACUACUGAAUUUCAGGAAAUAAACUACUGAACAACGCAACAGUGGACUUGCUUGAUGGAUAUGGGACUGAACUAAAUGCUGAUGAAGCUGCAAUAAGAGCGAAGUGCUUUACUAAUGGAUAAAGAUACACAAAGUGCACGGUGCAGCUUAAACCACAGUUUCUCUCUGAUGGAGCUCUGACACACAAAGACGCUCAAUGGAGGACCGGGACCGCAGUCGCUCUCCGUCACGCAGGACCAGCAAAGUGGAGCAGGUGGUAGGACGCUGGCUUCGUCGUUCCAGAGAGUCCACUAGCAGAGAGCGAGUGUUGGAUGAUGACGGACAAGGAGCCGAUGGCAGUCCUCAAGAACACAGAAGCUCUUUGGUCAGAGUGAGCGUUCAGAUCCCACUGGACCCCGACCUCAAGUCCCACGGCUUCACCGUGUCCACACACACUCCAUCACAGGUGGAGGAGGUCAUUGCAGGGGGUCCUGCAGACGGUAAACUCUUACCUGGUGACCAGCUUGUAAAAGUCAAUGAUGUUGCGGUUGAUGAUCUGUCUACAGAACAAGCUGUCAACAUCCUCAAGGAGUGCCAGGACACCAUAACAGUGACAGUCCUCAGAUUAACAGUGGGGCCGAAGUCAUCCUUCAUAACCCCAGAGAAGAGGGCUAAGCUAAAAUCCAACCCGGUUAAGGUGCGCUUCGCCGAGGAAGUGGUCGUUAACGGCCACUCGCAGGGUAACUCUCUGCUCUUCCUGCCCAACGUCCUGAAGGUCUAUUUAGAGAACGGCCAGACCAAAGCCUUUAAAUUCGAGCCCAAAACCACCGUUAAGGACAUCGUGAUGACUCUGAAAGAGAAGCUGUCCAUAUCCCGCAUCGAGCAUUUCUCCCUGGUGCUCGAGCAGCAGUACAGCAUCGCCAAACUCUUUCUGCUGCACGAGCACGAGCUGAUUCAAGAAGUGGUCCGGAAGAGAGAGACUCAUGACUACCGGUGUCUGUUUCGUGUCUGCUUCGUGCCCAAAUAUCCACAAGAGCUGCUGGAGGACGACGCGGUCGCCUUCGAGUAUCUCUACUUACAGAGUGUGAGUGAUGUGCUGCAGGAGAGGUUUGCUGUGGAGAUGAAGUGUAACACAGCACUCAGACUGGCAGCUCUGCACAUACAGGAGAGACUCGCCAGCACCGGCCAGUCUCCCAAAACACCACUAAAGACCAUUGUGAAGGACUGGGGUUUCGAAAGCUUUGUCUCCAACACCCUGCUGAGGAACAUGAGAGAGAAGGACUUGAGAAAAGCCAUCAGUUUACACAUGAAGAGGAUCCUUUUACAGGAACACAAGCAUAAGCCAAUGACAGUAAACCAGGCCAGGCUUAACUACCUCAGUGAGAUGUCUGAACUCAAGUCAUUUGGGGGAAAAUCAUUUAGCGCCACAAUGAUGCUACAAGACAGAGAGUCUACGGUGAGCUUGUUGGUGGGUGCGCAGUACGGGGUGAGUCAGGUGAUCAAUCACAAGCUGAGCAUCAUGACCACACUGGCGGAGUUCACCAGCAUCACCAGGGUGGAGCUCGUUACAGAGUCGGAGCGCGUUAGCCUCGUCAAGAUCUACAUGCAGGACAUUAAGCCCAUGACGUUGCUGCUGGAGUCAGCGGCUGCUAAGGAUCUGUCGUGUCUGGUAGCAGGUUAUUGCAAAGUUUUCAUAGAUCCUCAAAUCUGUGUGUUCCCCUGGACAGAAGAAUCAGCAAGCCACCGUAUAUCUGCAGAAGAAGGUUACGUGUCAAGAUGUUGCAGCGACUCCGAAGACUCAGAGGUGGAUGCUCUGCUCGGUCAUGAACCAAGUCCUACCCAGGCUGAUCGUGUGGUCGUUGAUCAAGUCGUAGGACAAGAGGAAGGAAAGACCAAAACGGUAGAAGAGGACGACGUGGAAGACAAGAGUGAAAAAGAAAGUGUGGAGAAUGGAGCUGGAAAAACAAAAAAAGAACUAGAGGAGCCAGCAGGAUCUUUGCACGAGGACGAAGGAGAAACUGUAAAAUGUCCUGCAGAAAAUGACAUGAUAGAAACCAAGGAGGGUGAACGAGAGGUCAAGGAAGAGGAGCCGCCGUGCGUCGUCAUUGUCGAGGAUCCGCCGUCGGAGGCAUCGGAUUCGGUUCAUACGGACUCACGGUUCGUGACCAGCAUGUCCAGUGACUCCAUGGACGCUUUAGAGGAGGACGACUUUUUAACCUACUUUUCCACAAACUAUGUCAGCCAACUGAACGUUAGGGAUCGUUACCUCCGUGUGAAUACUCACGCGCCGUGUCCGAGUCAACCGGAUCGCCAAGAUGGCGAUUUCAACGAUGAACUCUGUUCCAUCGAGUUCCCUGUCGACGAUGACGAAUUCUUAUGUCUUGCCGCCCUGUCUAACAUCGCAGACUGCCUACCCAGUCCCACCGAGGCAAGUGAGGAUGAAUAUUCCGAACAGGGAGGUGACGAAGAUGACCAGGAGGCACCAGAGGACGUUUUCGAAAGCGGUGAGCCUCUGAACGGAGAAUGUGUGUUUACAUUCAACCAAGGCGAUGCAAAAAGGUACUACAACAUUUGCACGAACGUAACACCCGAUAGCGGUCACAUCCGUGCAAGGAAAUCUUCUCCUCACCAUAAUCAUGAAGAAAACAAAGAAAAGAUUGAGAGGAAGACCGAGUCUGCACCCAUUCUUCUGCAGCCUCCUCCAGAGUUUGGAGACAGCAGUUCAGAGGAUGAGUUCUUUGACGCCCAGGAGAGAUUUCUUGCUGAGGAACCUUUGUCAGCACCAAUGCCUAAAGGACAUUCUAGAGAAUCGAGUGUCAAGAAGCGCGCUCUGAGCCUAAGCAACGACGCCGUCAAUGCCGGCGAACGACGGAAGCGAGACACGGAGACUAAAAAGCGAGAGAGAAAAGAUAAAGAGAAACAAAAGACGGAGGAUAAAAACGAAGUUUCUAGGUUCCGAAAGAGAAGCAGAAAGCGUCGUUCCUUUAUGGAAACGGAGUAUACGUCUUUAGUAACAUUUCCUGGUGAAGACCAUCCUGGUGGUCCGUCAAAUCGAAGCCCCCGUCCUACAGUGUCAUGUCUAACAAAUGCUGAAGGUGAGCCAGCACAAAUGGAAUCAAAACCCAUCACCCCAUCCACACCGAGUGAGUCUGGAACCCAUCAUCUCCUGCGUGGUAGCAAAAUCAGUAAAGCAUGUCAGCGGAAACAGCAGGUUAUAUUGAUGGAACCGGAUUCUAUGGAAUUUAAGUCGGUCACAGAAAUAAUGUCUACUUCGUCGCCUGCUAUCGUAGCAGUACGCACCUCUACAGAGCCUAAAGUAAAAGUCAACGAGAUGAGCGGUGCUGACGGACUCAAAAAAGAAGGUCCGGUUUGUGGAGAUAUGUCCGAAAGGUUGCUCGAUGGCCACUUGUUUUUUGGAACUCUUAGCAGGGACAACGGUGAUGAUGCUUUAGAUGUAAAAAUAAAUGACCAAGAAUCCCUGUUAGAAGGUCCAUUUCCUGAACCAUUGCUCAGGAAAAAGAGUCGCUCACUUCCACACUUAAACCAAACACCUGCAUCGAGCACGCUUUCUUUAAAGGUCCCAGCUACGUCCUUCAAGCAGAAACCAAGCAUGGACAGGUUUGAUGUAGAAAAUCUGGAAAUGGACGUUCAGAAACGUUCCACAGAGCCAACAACGAGAGCAAGGAGUCAGAGCACGUCUGCAGUAUCUGACAGUAGUGUAUCUGCUGUCUCUUGUUUAACGAAGAACCUCUUCCCUCAGACGGAACCUGCAGUCUGCACAACCAAGGAACCACAUUCUGGUGAGAUUUCUGUUGAUCCAUUCACCCAAGAACACAAGGAUACACAAGGAUAUGUUUCCGGUCGGUGUCCUGGCAUCCUUGGCCGGCUCUCUGCUUCCACACCGCAGAGAAAGAUACAGAGCUUGCCCUCGUCCCUGUCUCGUUCCCAGGAGGUGCUAGCUAGUAACAGUAGUCUCGCAGAUUAUGCCAAACCAGCAAGGAGUCUUUCUGAAGAUAUAUCAACAACCGAGGUAAAGUCUGACGAGGACACGGAGGUGGAUGAAGAGUUUGAGAAUGUAGUUUGCAAAGCUGAACCCGAAGAACUCCUUUCCCCCCUAAAGUCACCUUCAAGACUGAAGUCCGUUGACGCUGUCAAAAUCAGCCCUCCGUCUCUUGUGGUUACUACGCAAAACAUUAACGGACCAUGGGGUGUUGUGACAUCACAAGAGAUCAGCAAAUUACAAGCAGGAAACAGUACUCUUGUAGGUGCACACUCACAGCCUCUAAGAGAUUGUGACUGUAGGCCCACCAACACUCAGCCACAGGCGCUGUCUGGACCGAAUCUGAACACAAAGCCUGACCUUACCUGCAGUUCAGUGCUUGCCUCAGUGUGUGAGACAGUAAUCGAAAGUGCAGAGACACCUAUGGAAGUUUGCGGCUGCCAGUCGGCUUACACCAACUGCUUCGGCGGUGUUUUGGAAACUGCAAGUUUUGAUAAUGAACUAACUGUCUAUGAGUUCUCCUGCAGAUCACAGCAAAGCAAACGUGACCGGGUAGCAUUGGUGACAUCUAUCCCUCCUUCAUCCCUUUCUGGUUCAUCUUCUUCUUUUUCACCAUCCUCACCCCUCCCAGCUUUCUCUCGUGUUGUUCUACCACCUUCCUUAUCCACGGAACUUGGCCCCCUUCUGUCGCCCCUGGACCCCCCUGACUGCUUUCUCUCUGACCCUCAUGGAGAUGCUAUAACUGCUUUAUUGUCCCAGCACUACCCCUUACCACCAACAGGCUUCCUGGCUCUGCAGACAGAUGUUGAUACACUACUAACACUCCUGGAUGGUGCUAUGAAGGACCACAAUUGCAUCCAAGAGCAUCCCAGAGACACAUGUGCAGACCACUUUUCGGAAAAUAAGCGCCGGACGCACGUGGAGGCGCGAGGCUUUCUGGCUGGCUGUCAGCAAGUCGUAAAGUCUGGACAGGCCCCAGCAGAGACACUGCAAGCUCUUGCAGACAGUUUUCACUCACUGUUACAGCUGACCGCCGUAUGCCUGAGUUUCUCUACCUGCCAGAGGUGCCAGGAGCGCCACACUCAGACCUUGUUGGGACUUGUAGAUGUGGCGCAGACUUAUCAGGAGUUUGCGCGGGCAGCAGAGCGCUUGGGCAUGGCUACAGAAACGAGGACUUGCCAUGAGCUCAGUAUUAAACUCUUGGCUCGCCAGUGUACCGCGCUCACAACCUCAGUCUUCUGCCUAACGCAGUUAUUCCGUACUCUCACGGCCCUUUGACCUUCGAACCGUAGCGUCUCGCAGUCAUCCGAACUCGAGUGUAAUUCCGCCAAAUCUAAGCUACGUAAUUCAUUUAAGUAAGAUAUUAAUAUAAAAAAGCCUCACUACAGCAACCUGACUAUAACGUCCACAGAUUCUGACCUUUUACUGAUGAGCACACACACAUAAAAUCAGGGUUACACUGCUAACGAACGCACUCACAGCGACGACAAUCGUUUAAAACGAAUAACUAAAAUUGACGUGUGGUAUUGUUACGUAUCAUCGUUGUUAUUUGUUACUUUGAAUGUAUGAAAUUAUUUUCUUAUUCCAGAUCUACGUAGUUUUCUGGAGCAGAUUUCUUGAAUUUAUCAGGAAUUGUUUUUUUCCUUUAUCGUAUGCGCACUGUAGCAGUUACGCACAAGAACAGGACCUAACCUCGCCCUUGUCUUUUUUCUUAUUUCUCCUCUUUUUUUUCAUCUUUUUCUUUUAAGCAUAAUUAUACACGCCUCUUAAUCGAACUUUAUUACAAAUGCAUGACUUUAUUCGUUGCCACACCUAUCUGCACGCUCACUAGAACAGAAUCGACAAAGGCUCAACGUUUUGUAGACACUAAUGGCUUUCCGUUAGUGACCGGGACCUAUACUUUGUAUAUUUAGAGCAAGUAUACCAAAGGAUAUAAAGAACUAGGAUGUACAUUUUUUGAAGAUGGAGACUCGAGUCAUGUGAGUAGGUUUUAUUACCAUGAUGGAUUUUGGCUUCUUUAAUUGUUUAAUUCUUUCCAUAGGCUGUAUUUUAACCAUAUUAUAUAUAUAUAUAUAUUUUUACUAUAGACACAUUAUUUAUUAAACAUUAUUCAUAUGGAUGUAUGAUUUCAAGUCCGAUCAGAUCCACAGAUACAUGUUCUUGCUAUGUGUUAAUUCAUUUCUAUUUCUUUAUGCUUCGUUUUAGUAACUUUAGUACUAUAAAGGCGACAUGGGCUGGAAUUAGGUUGUUUUUAGUGUCUGGAAAUCACGUCCUCUUACACAGACAUCGGAGGAUGUCACUAUUUUCAACCGGCUCUUUCGUUUCUCUGAAUAAUACUUUGGAACGACUUCUAACAGGAGCUUUGACGGCCACCACAAUAGCACAAGGAUUGUAUUAUUACUGUUACACACCGGUGUGUGUGGACUAACCUGGAAGCUGCUGUGUAUGUCCUGUCCUUAUUAGGCAUGCUUCAUACCAUACACAUACUGUACUUUACAAGUAUUUACAACACAGACUGGAGGAUUGCAUGCACAAACCAAAGCAUGACCCGAUCAAGUGACUCAUGAGGUAUGAAUAAACGAAUGACUGUAAAUCUCUCGCUUUGUAAUGCAGUAUUCACUAUUAAAACGAGACUCGAAAUAA